UUUCUGAGUGAUAUUCCCCGCUGUUCGGAAGUAAAUAAAAACUUACACGUUGAUAAAUUAUUGAAUUUUUGUAAAGUAUAUAAUUAAUUACGAUGGAUGUAUCAAGUUUAAUUGGUAUUGGUGAUGCAGAGGAUCUUGAGACACCGGAAGGCAUUAAGCGAUUAUGUCAGAGAAUUAAUGAAAGAGAGAAACAAGUCAAUGAUAAUCUCCAAACUUUAUUAUCAAGAAAAUUGAACUUAGAAACAAAAAUUGAUAGCUGUUUAAUUAAGUAUCAACAGUUGUAUAAGGCAUCAAUAUGUGAAGACUCUAAGAAACUUACGUCAAUAAUUAGUCACACUUCCGAUUUAGCUGAAAAAGUCAGUGCAAAAGUCAGAAACUUAGAUACAGCUAGAAUGCGAGCAACAGAAGUUCAAAAGAGAGUUCAUGACUUAAUUGAUCUUCAGUUGUGUAGUCAAGGUGUAAUGACGGCUAUUAAAGAUGAAGAUUAUGAAAUCGGUGCUAGACAUGUAAAGAGAUAUUUAUCGAUGGAUAGAAAUAUUCUUGAGAAGACUGCCGAUGAUGUUUCGUCUAUGACAUCAGUAAAUCAAGCUGUAGAUACACUGGAGAAAGCUGCCAAGGAGAUGAGAGAAAUUGUAAAAGUAAAACUUGACGAGGCGAUAAAAAAGAAUGAUUUAGCUUCAGUCGAAAGAUUCUUUAAAAUUUUCCCCCAAUUAGGAAUGUAUGAUGAAGGAAUCGCUAAAUUUACUAGUUAUGUGUGCACAAAAUUGAGUUCAAUUGCUGAAAAAGAACUAAGGCAGUCAAUGGAAAUUGCGAAAGCAGAAAAGCGUACUCAAGUUGCUUAUGCUGAUACAUUCACAAACUUACUAGAGAAUGUUCUUCGAAUUAUUGAGACAAAUCAACCUAUUCUUGAGAACUAUUAUAGAUAUGGUCAUUUAUUGAAAAUGGUCAAAAUUCUACAGCUUGAAUGUGAUGAUCAGACUCGUCGAUUAAUUCAGGAAUUUAAUAAAAACAGAUUAAUUAAUCGAAAAGUCAAUCAAAUUAAUGAUUACAUUAAAAGUCAGUCAACGCAAUCGUCAAGCACAUUAGGACAUUUAAGAAAGGCAUCAGGAAGUAUGGAUAAACUGAAUUCAAAAGAUUUAGACACACUAAUUGCUGAGUUAACAAUUAUGCAUUCAAGAGCGGAACUUUAUGUUAAAUUUAUACGAAGAAGAGUAUCAAAUGACAUUGAGAAAUGCUUCAUAGCUGGCGACAUGACGGAAGAAGAGAAGAAAACUGCCCUCGAUUCAAUGGAAUCAGUUAUCAAAAAGUCACAAUUAAGUAAUCAAAUGCAAGAAAUUCUAAGCACUUAUUUACUAUUCGAACGUUAUUUUAUGGAAGAAAGUGUAAUUAAAGCUAUUGGAUUUGACAGUCACGAAACAGGACAAUUAUAUUCCAGUAUGGUUGAUGAUGUUUUCUUUAUAGUUCGAAAAUGUAUUCGACGAUCAAUAGGAACACAAUCGGUCGACGGUGUUUGCGCAGUCAUAAAUAAUGGCGGUGCUUGUAUUGAACAGGAACUUAUUAAUGCAUUUAGAAAUGCCCUAAAAUCUGGAUAUCAUUCUGGCUACAUAGAUUUAGCGCAAGCAUAUAGCGCAUUUCAAAGCACUAUUCAACAAGGAAAGAUCCAAACGAAUGAUUCAGAAAUGGCUAGAACAAAAUUUACAGUCACAUUAAAUAAUGCUGACAAGUCAACAGAAUAUAUUGAGACAUUAUUCCAAAAUAUUAGCGAAGAAAUAAAAGUAUCAUUUCCAAAUAUUGAUUCACAUAAAAAGGAAAUGAUUGAGAGCUGCUUGGGUGGAUUAAAAUCUGUCGGUGAUUCAUUAAAAACUGUCGUUGAGUCAGGCAUGCAGCAGCUUAGAAGCUCAGCCAUUAAACCUAGAAUAAAUCCAUGGAUUGAUCAAUUUCAGUCUUCAAAUCACAUGCUGACUGAUGAUGAAUUAUCUGUUUAUGAAGCUGGUGAAACUUUCAUACAGUUCCUUAUCGUGCAACUUGAUGGUUUAUUAAAUUCAUUCAAAAAAGUUUUAAGCGAAAAGAACUACGACAUUUUAGUCUUGAUGUUAGCAACUGAUGUAACUGCUCGUUUUGAGCGUGCAAUAAAAAAAUGUGCAUUUGAUAGAAAUGGAGGUCUUGUGCUUGAUAAAGAAGUAAGAAGUCUUGGAACAUUUCUGACAGGUGCAACAUCGUGGACUGUUCGUGACAAAAUGGCACGACUGACUCAAAUUGCAAUCAUAUUGAAUCUUGAGAAAAUUUCAGAAUUGUCCGAAUAUUACGAUACUAGAAAUCAGGAAGGACCAUUUACUGCUUGGAGAUUAACUCCAAACGAGAUAAGAAACAUUUUAAAGCUCCGAACUGAUUUCAAAAUUGAGGAUAUAAAAAAAUUACAACUGUGAUGUGCUCAAAGUAAUUCCAAUCGUUCCUUGCAAAAUUUGUUCUAGUAUAGAUUCAAUAUAGGCUUCUUUAUGCUUACAACAAUUGCAAUUUUAUGUAAUAAAAAAUCUUUAAUGUUUAAUGUUUCAAAAAUGAUGUCCUCUUUAUUUAAUUUCUGAUGCAUAUGUCAAAAAAAAUAAUGAUAAAAUAUUAUUAUAAAAUAAAAAAAAUGGUAUUGAUUGAUGAUAAGAGCAUUUUUUAACACUAUUAAUCCAAUUAAUAAAUUAAGAGACGAAAAAUGAGUUUUUGAUAUAAAAAAUGUUGAUGUAUAAGACUAGAUUAAUUUACAUCUUUCUUUUAUCCUCCAUAAUUAAUGAUGGGCUAAUUUUCAUCAUAAAUUUCGACUUGUUUGGUUAAUUAUACUAAUAAAUCGUCAGAGAGUUGUUAUUCAUUUGCUAGGUGAUACCUCUCUUUUUUACAUUUUUAAAUCACGUAUAAUUUAAGCUUCUUAAAUAUCCAAUGAGAGAAAAACUGACACGUUUAAUUAAACUUUAUAUCGUUGUAAAAAUUGAACUAUAUAAAAAUCUAUAGAAUUUUUUUAAUUUUGAUUAUAAAAUUAAAUUACUGGUUUAGGAUACAAGUUCUUUAAUCGAUAUAGUUCUGUAUGUUAGUCUCUAAUCCUCAUCAUCUAUUUCAAUAAUAUCAUCGUUCUUUAACUCUGCAUUUCGUUUGUCCAUUUUCUCGCGCAAUUCCAUAUACCUAUCGACAUCACAGUAAUGCACGUUGUUGCUGUUUGAGUCACCUUGCUAAUUAUUUUAAUUUGAGGAAAGAGAAUUGAAUUCAUUUGUUUGGGUAUAAGAACUUUGGAAUGUACAUAGAAUAAUGCUUUAACGUGCAGAAUUGUUAUGGGUUAGGAACUUAUAACUCUUUUGAAGCACUCUUGUAA